UUGACAGUCUGUCUAAACAUAUAAACAAUCAAAGCUUCUAAUAUUACGAUUUUCCAUGACGGUUUUCAGUCAUUCAAUAUUUAUUAUUUUAUAAUUACGUAAAUAGUCUCGUAUCAUAAAAAGUGAAUACCAAUGAAUCUCAGUAGUUCAUUACAAUAAGUGUUAUGCAGAAUGGAAUAUAAUAAAAGAUUAGUUUAGUUUUUUUUACUUCAAAAUCAUCUAAAUUAUCGACAAUCCAAAGCCCCAGCCUGUCUUGUGCAUUUAUUUGUAAGCAAAUAAAAUUUUAAAAAUGAAACAAGUUUCAUCAAAAAUUAAUAUGAACAGAGUAAGUAAGACUCUCAACAAUGUUCAAUCAAAUAUACUAACUUGGGGUAAUCCAUUUGGUGACAAUGGACAAGAGGUAGUUAUUUGUAUAACCGGAAAUCCAGGAGUGUCUGAUUUUUACAUAGAUUUUGGUUCAGAAUUGUACAGAAAUUUACGGCUGCCUGUAUGUGUAUUAGGUCAUGCAGGUCAUGAAGGCAAUUCUCAUAAUAAAUCAACUAUAUCAAAAAAUGAUUUGGCUUUAUUUAACUUGGAAGGCCAACUUCAACACAAAUUGGAUUUUAUAGAAAAUCAUGUAAAUCAAACCAGUAAGAUACAUCUUGUUGGACAUUCUAUUGGUGCCUGGAUAAUUAUUGAAUUAUUACAGAAAAAUGAGAAAUUAAUGGAAAGGGUUUUAUCUGUUAAUUUAUUGUUUCCUACUUUGCAAAGAAUGGCUGAAUCGAGAAAUGGUAUAUUUGUCAAUAAUGUUUUUAGAAAAUUUGAUUGGUUUAUUUUGUUUUUAUGUAAACUGUUAUAUGUACUUCCAACUUUUGUUUUCCGUUUUAUUGUUUAUUUAUAUUUACUGGUUACCUCUAUGCCAUCUUGUUAUUCUGAUACAAUCAUGCAAUUAGUUGACCAUAAUGUGAUUGAAAAGGUUUUUUUAAUGGCUUUUGAUGAAAUGGACACAGUUACAACACUGAACAGAGAUGGCUUGAACAAAGUUAAACAUAUGACCAAUGUAAUUUAUGGACAUCAAGAUAACUGGGCACCAUUAGAAUAUAUGGAGGAUAUAAAAAAGUACCAACCCCACAUCCAAAUGACAGAGACACACAACAUAGACCAUGCCUUUGUACUAAAGUCAUCUGAGUGUGUUGCUAAUAUGGUAGCAAAUUUUAUUAAAGCGAAAAGCAUUAAAAAAAGUUAAAAUA